AUGAAAGCUGCGGUUCCCCACAAUCUCCACCUAGUAAUUUUUGGAACUUAUCCGAUCUGGGUAGUUAUUCGGCACCACGGCCUUAUCUUCAGGAGCUCGGACACAGCAAAUGUAGCUGGCGUGACGCUGGUGUGGUCUGGAGGCAACCACAACCGCAGCCGUACAGCUGCUGACAAUGCCACCAACACCCAACCGACGGCCCAAGUCCAAUCUACCGCGGAGAAGCUGCCGGUCGCUAUUCGGGUCGGCUCUGGCAGACUCAUACUGCGCUUCUGUCGUGUGGAGUGCGGAGGAGCUUCCCCGCCCGGAGGCGAUGUUGGCAGCAGCAGCAGCAGCUGUGGCAAUGCUGCAGCCGCCAUCUGGGUCGGCCCCGGGUGCGGCUUGGACAUAGCUAAGAGCUAUUUUUUUGGCUCAGCAGAAACCGGCGUGAAGCUCGCGCCUGGCUCCAAGGCCUGCAUCAUGGGCAGCCAGCUGGCCAACAGGGGUUCGGCUCUGGUCUGCAUGGAGGCUGCCUCCACAGGCGCCGUCGGCGACAGGGCGCACGAGAGCGAGGGCAGUAGCAGCGGCAGCGAAGGCGGGGCGCACCCACCCGGAAACGCAUCGCGUACCAUUUUGCUUAUCGGCAGGAAUUGCAAGUUAGACAUCAAGCCCGCCCGAAGCGGUAGCGGCGCUUGCGCUAAUGCCCAAGCUCCAACUUCCCCCAGCGACGGCGGCGCCGCCGCGGCGGUGUCCUCCGUCAGUGCACCUGUCCAUCUUGCACAUGCACGCACAGGCGGGUGUGAGUGCAGUCCGUCGCCGGACGACCAGUCACUCUUGCUUUUAGCGGUUCAACGUGCCGGUGCUGGCGGCGGUGGCGGUAUCAGCAGCGCCGCGCAACAAGCUGUGCAUUGUCCCUCCCAUAGCGCUGCCGACACAGAACGCGCGGGACUGCAGCCGCCGCCUCCGCCUCCUCCGAGUAUCGCCGAAGCUUGGCGUCAGUGUGUGGCCUUCGUCAUUCACCACAGCGCCCUGCCCACCAACGGCGCAGGGCCGCGAAGCAGCGGCAUCGCCUUUGCCGAGUGCUGCGACUGCCGUCCUGCACUACAUAAUGUGACGGCGGCAGCGGUGACGCCUUCACCGGCGGCGGCGGCUGCUGCCUCCCAGAGCCCUGGUGAUGGCAGCAUGGGUGGGGGAACCCGGCUGGGCGCGCUGCGCAACGUCCAGCUGGUUCCCCUUCUCCCCAGUGCAGUGAACUGGCUGUCCUGGGGGCUCAUGACUGGGGAGGCGCUGGAGCUGACGAAAGGCGCAUGCGCUCGGCUCAACCGGGGAGUUUACCCGCUGAUCCAAGCCGUGGCGGAUGCAGCCAGGGCGGCAGCGCCAUCGCCGCCACCUCCACCGCCGCCGCCGCCGCCACCGCUACCGCCUCCAGCGGCUGCAGCAGCUGCGGUGGAGAUGGCUCCAAAUAGACACGCGGCGUGCGGCGCGCUCCGCCAGGCCUCCGCCGCCGCAGCGCCGAUGUCAACAGCAGCGGGUGCGUGCGAGCACUGGCUGCCGCCGCACUUGCGGUCGGCGUCCAGAGCGAAGCUUCAUCCACCGCCACCACCACCGCCACCACCGCCGCCACCGCCGCCACCACCGCUGCAGCGCCUAAUAGCAUCCCGUAUCGCACCACAGGCAGUGCCUCCGGCUGCGGCACCCAAGCAGCAGCAGGUGCCAGGCGUCCAGGACGGAGACCAACACGCGGCGCCCCAGCCGUUGAUGCGUCCCCAUGUGGGUCAGCUGGCCUCGUCGCCCAACAAACAGCCGCAGCUUCCCGAAGCCUUCAGGCAGCACGUUGAUAGACCGGUGAUGGUGGUGCGGUCACGAGCCGUGGAUCCCAUGGCCCCACAGCCCCUGGUGCCCCAGCCACCGACGACCCAGCCGACGGUACCGUCCUCGACUGUGGGCCCGUUGGUAGCGCCCGGGCCGGCCCGAGAGCCUCCGACGGCAACUUUUAGCCCUCCAGCCAUUCCUCAAUCGGCGUUCAUGUCCGAACCCGCAGAGCCUCCGCCGCCACAGGUACCGCAUCCAAUGUCUGUGCCUCAGGCCACUUCUCAUCCGCCGCCGCCAGUGCUACUGGGGGUUACAGCCUGUGUUGCACAGAGGACGGCGAUGACAACCCAGUCAUCACUGACCCCACCACCGCCAAUGGUGAUGCGGACAGUGGAGCUGGCGCAGCAGCAGAUCCCUGCGGCGACGGCGGCGGCGACGGCAACGGCGACCGAUGUUACAACCUGCACUGCCACCCGUUCGGUGAUAACCAGCGAUGGCUGUCAGCCCGCAACGGCGGUUGCAAACCCCAAUAUGGACGCCGAACUCGACCGACCUUGUGAUGCCGCUGCCGUCGCCACCACGCCUCCGCGUACAGCACCCUCCGCAAUUGCGUCCGCCGCCGCUGCGGACCGUGGCAGCCAUAAGGAGCAGGUAGCGAAUCACACGCCCGCCGUCAAGCCGGCCUUUGGCGGCGAGCCCGCUACGGCCAGUAUGGCCCUGACCACGUCUUGGGACGGUUCAGGGCAGCACAAGGUGGUGCUGACCCGUCCCGACCACCCGUCGGAGGAGCGUUUGAGGACCUCCAAGAGCAACGCAGGCGGCAGCAGCGGCGCCAACGGUAGCAGCACUGCCGCUGGCUGGUUAAGUCCGGCGCCCUUCAGCCCAUACGACUUCCGCGACAGCAGCAUCCGCCGCGGCGGUGCCAGGAAGAAGUCAUCCCUCACGACGCAACCAGCGACAGCUGCAUUGGCGGGCAACGACAAAAGCCGGGCGGAGAGCCGGAUGGGACCGUCUGCUGUCCUGGUGAUGCAAGAAUGUCGUCAUAGGGAGGAAAAGCCCGCAGCGGCAAACGCGCCGACCCCCGUCCCCACGGGGAGGCGCAUCCAAUCUGAACAACCUCAGCCGCUGCCGAUGCCAGAGGCGGCCCUAACCAACCCUUCCGGGGACCCUCAGCGCCAGCUACCGCGUGGAGAAAUUGCAGAAGGUGGAGAAAGUGUGGGGAAAGAGGAGAGCUCCUGUGUUACAGCCGCCGAUGGCGUGGUGGCCGAGCCGCUGCACACCGCUUUGGACCUCGCGACAGGGCGCGGGGCGGUGGCCGCCCCAUGUACUGCUCUAGCAGCCGCAGCCUCUGGAAGAGAAAUGGCGCCGCAAGCUCCCGCCACAGGUGGAGGUCCCUCGGACGGCAGCCAGUUUGACGUAACCAACAGCACCUUGCAAAUGCUGUUGGAAUGCCUGGGAUCAGAGGCGCGCUCGGCGGCGCGUGACGUCGCCAUGAAAGACGGCCGGAGCCCCGGCACAGCUCCUACGCCUGAGCGCCAAGGACUGUUGCAGCUGCCGUCGGGCGCGUCAGAGCAAGGUUCGCAACAGCGGCAGCGGCAUACUGGUGUCGACGGGGUGGCCCAGCAGCUGUUUCAGGCCCAUGAAUCAGCUGAUAACUCCCACAUGCCGCCACCGUCGGCUUCGCAGGAGCAGGAGCGGCAAGAGGAGGAGCUUCAAUUGUCUCCUGCGCCACCGUCGCAGCCGCAGCAGUCGCAGUCUCGGCUGCCACUUUCGCCAUUGCAGCAGCUGCCGCAUGCCGGAAACCCCCCUCCCUUAUCAGUCUCGGCUUCAGCAAUUGCAGGCGAUGCAGCAUGCGCUGGUGAGAACGUUCGGGUUGGGGCACCGAUACCCACUGCACCUGCACCCGAGCUUCCGCCAGGCUCGGCUGAUACACCUGUUGCUAUCUCUGCGGUCCCACGCCACGACUGCUGCAGCAACCAAGACGCGCCGCCAUCUCAAUCUCAUCCGCCUCGGUUUCCGGCUGCAGCCCUGGCUGCGGCAAUAGCAGCGGCUGCGGGUCCUACAAGCCAGGCCCCUAACCCCCCUACGAGCGCCCCAGGAGCUCUUAAAUCUGCAGCCCCAGCUACCGCAGCACAUCCACCGGGGCCAUACUGCAUCUCCCCCUUUGCCGCUGCAAGCAUGGAAGAGCCGGAGGCCCCUUGGCCCAGCGGCAGCAAUACGGGGCCUCCGGCAGCAUCCCAGGGGGACACCGAAAGGGCGCACUUCGAUCGGGUGGACUCCUGCGAGGUCGGCGGUCUGGACCUGGCAGGUGUCCUGAACAUGGAGGUCAUGGGGGACGGAAACGCGGCCGCCGCUGACGACGCUGUGCUGUCCGCCUACCUGGCUUUCCAAGGCAGCGGUAGCAGCAGCUGCAGCGACGACGACUGCACCUGGAUGUCCUCUGUUGCUGACGGCUGCUUGUGGCCGCUUGACCGAGCUGUCACACCCCCUGCGGGUUGCGUGGUUAGGGAGGAUCGCGCUGUGGGCGAGUGCUCCUUACAACUCGGCGGUGGCUUCGCUGUAAGUUCGUCCCCCUGCUGGCAAGCCACGGCGACCUACAAGCGCCCGCAGUCCCAGCCGCAACCGCAGCCCUGCAGCACCCCGCUGCAAGGCAUCUCCAUAACGACCGUGGGCACCUCGGCCUGCACGAAUGGCACGGAGUACGGUUCUGCGCCUUCCUCCUUUGCAAUUCCAGGGGUAGCUAUAGCGGCAGCUGUGGCGGCAGCUGCACCCAUGACAGGGCUGCUCACGUGCCUUCCGAGGCUCCCACUCGAGCAGCACCUGGCCUUACUGCCGCACUGGCACCCGCACCACUGCCUCAGCCGCUACCAGUCUGCUCUGAGGAGCCACGUGUCCCGGCCAUUCGCCGCCAUCUGGGAGCCGCAGCCGGUGACCAUGAUCCCCGUUACAAACUGCCUGCCCGGGCCGAAAUCGCUGAUGACCGGUGUUAGUAAAGACACAGAGGGCGUCGAAGGUGGCGCUGGUGCCGGGGCGUCUGCAGCAGCAUCUCAGCCGCCGCAGGUGCAGCUAUCGUCCCAGGACCAACCGGCACACACCCCAGACCCCAGCAUCGCGAAGCGAUCCCCAGUCCCUGCCGACGGAGCCGGGGCCGGAUGGAAGCACGCGAGCUCAAAAAUGCCGCCGCCGGAAGCGUUGUCCGGUGGUCCAGACAUAAAAGACGCAGCGUUCGAGCCGUCCGUCGUCCAACAGGCACCUGACAUUUCACUCCGCGCGUGCAGCCGGCAGGGCGGAGGAGAAAGUCCAGCAGGAGGGCAGGAGCUGCGGCAGGGACAGAGGCCGGGGCCGCAGGCGUCUCAGCAGCACCACAACAAACAGGAGCAGAACCCUGAGGCGGUGGAGGAGCAGCCGGGACGCCAGAGGCCAGCGAUUAAGCUUUUGCUGCCACGGGCGCACCGCAGUGCCGCGCGGGCAGAGCCACACCGCGAGCUGUACGAUGCUAACCAGACGAGCACCGCCGCUGGAGCAUCCACGGCAGCCCCGGCACGUUCGACAGACACCGCGGCUGGCGCCGACGGGCCCAUGGAGACAACCACCGCGAGGUCACCUGCCGCCAAUGUCGGCGCCGUCGGGAUCUGCAUUGCAAACAGCUGCAGCGGUGGUGGCGCCGCAGCCGUGGCGACUGCGCGCGGAGAGCCCAGGACAAAGGCCAAGCCAAAGACAAAAGCCAAGGCCACGCGCAGGCGAAAGACCAACACGACUGAUAGCAGUGACAGCGAAACGGUCGACGCAGGCAGCCGCCUUUUCCGCGGCGGCGGCCGUUGCGCGCCGGUGCGGAACGGCAAAGUUGCGGCCAAUAGCGUUUGUGCUGCUGCUGGCCCCAGUGCUGCUGGCCCGGGCGCAGGAUCAACCGACUCGAGAGGUGGCGGCGCUGUCAAAGGCGGUCGCCGGCGCCGCAGAGCAGAGACAGCGAUCACCAGCAGCAGCUCGGAUGACGACGAGAUGUUGGCCCGCUACCGCCGCAAGCUGGCUCGCCAGCAGGGCCCAUCGGAGACCGCCCCGGCCGCAGCGGCCCUGCCACCGCCGCCACACCCGGCUGACUCCGCGGUGGUAUUCGCUGACUCCGGUCCAAGGAGGAACUUCUCUUCAGCCGCCGCUGCCGCUGCCGUCGGCGCGGCUCCUGGUGGUGAUGGCGUCGGCAGCCGUCAGGUUCCGUCCCGAGAAGUAAAGGGGGUUACCGCGGGGAUUCAAGGCGGCCGUGAGCAGCACGAUGUCGACGGCAAUAAUCAGCGGAGCCGUAAGCGGGCUCGUGGAGGCGGCGGCCUGCCGGUGACGGAAUUGUACGAUGCUUGCAGGGCCACGCCGCGCCAGCGACGUGGACCGGGACACACUGCAACCGCGACGGCGGCGACGGUCGAGGCGGGUAUUGGCUUCACGAGUGUGACGGGGCCCGGCAGCCCUGCGGCGAAAAGAGAAACUGGCGCCAAUCUGGGGCCGUUCCUCAAGGCUGCGUAUUCGUGUGCCGUCGGGCUGCGACCGCCCACUGAUGGACCCAGCGCGGAGGGUCUAUCCGUCACAAUCGCGGGCCUGCGCCAGCAGGCGGUGAAGCUGGAAGCGGCGGAAGCGGCGGCGGUGAAGCCUUUGAGCGAAUACGGGCUUCCAGACGUAGCAGGACGAGGACUCAGCAGGUGGAGCAGCAAUAGCAGGGUUGUGUACGCGGGAGGAAAGGAGAAGGAAAGCGGGGUUGAGAUGGGAUAG